AUGGCUGCCAGACCACCCGCCCUCGACGUUUCGCACGCCCACAUCGUCGCGACCCUGUUCUACAGAGUCGACAAGCCCCACAAAGCUCUCCUCCCCGACCAAGUACCGCACACACCCCAGGAUUCAAUUCCUGCAGCAUCUCUCGAGACUUUGAGAGAUGGCGCCUCGCCAACUAAGAAUCUCGAGGCCUACCCUCUCGAGCCUCCCACGGGGGGGCCCGAUGCCCUCGACAACCUGUAUGGCAACUACAUCAGCCAAAGCUGCCUGAAUGACUUCACCACCACACUGACCAGCAUUUUGCCCGGUCUCGAAGCAGAGACAAUAACACAUCGUAAGCUCGAGCGAAGCAAGCACUGCCGCGUCGUCGAGGUCGUUUUUCCUUUGCCAAGCGCCUCGACCAGCUCCCUCGAAACUUUUCGCCGCCAUGAGUCAAUCUCGCGCUUCGAGCUCGAGUGGAACGUCGAAUGCGUCUUCCAGGCCGACACAAUACAUCGACGCUACAAGCGCCUCGCCAUCUUCGACAUGGACAGCACGCUGAUCCAGCAAGAGGUCAUCGACGAGAUCGCCGCAGUUAUUGGUGUAGAGAAGGAGGUUGCCGCUAUCACAGCAGCAGCGAUGAACGGCGAGCUGGACUUCGAGGCCAGUCUGCGCGCGAGGUGCAAGCUUCUCAAGGGUGUUCCUGCGACAGUGUUCCAAGACCUUAGGCCAAGGAUAACGAUGAACGGGGGUGUCAAAGAGCUGAUCACCGCGCUGAAGAGACUGGGCUUUAAGACUGCCGUUCUGAGUGGUGGGUUUACACCACUGACUGGGUGGAUGGGACAGCAGCUUGGCCUAGACUAUGCUUACGCGAACCACCUUGUCGUGUCUGAGGAUGGGCAGACGCUGACAGGCGAGCUUACUGGCGAGAUUGUGCAUGCGCAGAAGAAGCGCCAGCACGUCUUGGAGAUCUCGCAGAAGGAAGGCAUUCUACUCGAUCAGGUGGUCUGCGUCGGCGACGGCGCCAACGACCUGCCCAUGAUGGGCGUUGCAGGCCUGGGUGUGGCUUUUCACGCAAAGCCAAAGGUUCAGCUCAUGGCUCCCGCUAGGCUGAACACGAAGAGCAUGCAGGAUCUGCUCUACCUCUUCGGCAUCACCAAGGAGGAGCAAGACGAACUCCUGAAGUGA